AUGGCACAAGCCAGUGUUCCACUUGUGUUAGAAUCUGUGGACUGAGGCGGACCAGACGACGCUGGCUGCUUGGAGAAGCCUCCUCCCUGGAAGGGGAUGGGGCCAGGAGGGAGAUUACAGAGGCGCCGGGCCCAGGGCUCCGCCAUGCACCUGCCACGGCUCCAGUGAAGAUGAGAAACCUGCCAACUUACCCCACCCCAUGAUCUCAUGGCUGUGCUUGCCAGGGCCUGGCUCAGGGAGCAGACAUCCCAAAAGAAGAUAUCUGGGUGGACUGCAGCAAACUGGGCCAAACUCCUGGAGAGAGCCUGGCUCGAGGCCACCCCAUCUUCCCAUAUCAUUUCCAAGUGGCACCAAGUGGACCGGGCAGGCGUGUAG